AUGAGAAAGCAAUUGAAACAAAUCAAAUUGAAAACUCAAGCGCCCGGGAAGUACCUGCCAAGUGCCAAUGAAGUCCCCGCGAAGUGCCCGAAAAGUACCCGGCAAAUGCCUGGCAAGCUUCUACCAAGUAAACAGGAAGAACCCACCAACUGCCCAAAGUACCCGCCAAGUGCCCGUAAAGUCCCCACUAAGUACCUGCCAAGGCCCUGCCAAGUGCCCGUGAAGGCACUGUCAAGUACCCAUCCACUAUUCAGGAAGUUCCCACCAGGGGCCCAGGAAGUACCCGCCAAGUGCUCGGAAAGUCCCCACAAAAAGCUCGGAAAGUACCCGCCAAGUGCCCAAGUACCCAAAAAUUACCCGCCAAGUAAUCAGAAAGUCCCUGCCAACUAUCUGGGAAGAACCGACCAAGUGCCCGGAAAGUGCCUAAGACGUUCCUGCCAAGUACCCAGGAAGUACCCGGCAAGUGCCCAUGAAGACCCCACCAAGUACCUGGGAAGUUCCUGGAAAGCCCCCAUCAAGUACCCAGAAGGUAUCUGCCAAAUGCCCGGAAAGUACCCACGAAGUUCCACUCCCGUCAAGUACCCGCCAAGUGCCCAGGAAGUACUUAACAAGUACCCGGAAAGUCCCUACCAAGUAACCGGAAAGUACCCGUCCAGUAUUAAAAAAGUACCUGCCAAGUGCCCAGAAAAAACCUGCCAAGUACCUGAAAAGUUCCCACAAAAUAUCUGGGAAGUAACCACCCAGUUCCUAGAAAGUACCCACCAAGUGUUUGUAAAAUAUCAGCCAAAUACUCAUAAAGUACCUGGAAAGUACCCGCCAAAAGACCGUGAAGUACCGGCAAAGUCCCAAGAAAAAACCCACUGA